AUGGCACCAGUCGCCAUCUCCCCACAGGCCUCCCCUGUCUUCAAGAAGCGGGAUGGCCAGGCACUUGAAGAGCUCUCAGACGCUAUUGACGAGAUCAACGUUCUCAAAGACAUGAAGAAGCGCGAGGCUGAAAAGAAAGAAGCCGAAGAGAAAGGUCUAUACGAAGCGUCCGAGUUCGACAAGGAGAAAGACAAGACCAACUUCCGCCAGUACGAAGCCAACGAGCGAGUCAAGAACUUCUACCAGGAGCAACACACCAAGCAGACCGUCGCCUACAACCUGAAGGCCCGCCACGACUUCCACAGCAAGACGCGCGCCGAGAUGACCGUCUGGGAAGCCAUGGAGAAGCUCAACACCCUGAUCGACGAGUCAGACCCCGACACCAGCCUUUCCCAGAUCGAGCACCUCCUCCAGUCCGCCGAGGCUAUUCGCCGCGACGGCAAGCCCCGCUGGAUGCAGCUGACCGGUCUAAUCCACGACCUGGGCAAGCUUCUGUUUUUCUUCGAUGCCGAAGGCCAAUGGGACGUUGUCGGCGACACGUUCCCCGUCGGCUGUGGCUUCGACGACAAGAUCGUCUACGGCCGCGAAUCAUUCCGUGAUAACGAGGAUUUCGGCCACAAGAUUUACGAUACCAAGUUUGGUAUCUACACACCCGGCUGUGGUCUUGAUAAGGUCAUGCUCUCCUGGGGCCACGAUGAAUACCUCUACCACCUCGCUAAGGAGCAGUCAACCCUUCCCGAUGAGGCGCUCGCUAUGAUCCGCUAUCACUCUUUCUAUCCGUGGCACAGCGCUGGUGCAUACCACGAGUUGAUGAAUGACCACGACCGUGAUAUGCUGCGUGCGGUCAAGGCAUUCAAUCCUUAUGAUUUGUACAGCAAGAGUGAUGGAAUUCCAAGUGUUGAGGAGUUGAAGCCGUACUACUUGGAGCUCAUCGACGAGUACUUCCCUACCAAGGUCCUGAAGUGGUAG